AAUUGUUGUGAUAAACUUAUUAAAUAGUUUUUCAUGACUGCUGACUUGGAGACCGGGUUCAACAACCCCGCUCUGGAGAGAUUCAGAAUCAUGUCCAAAUCUCACAAGGGCGAGGCUCUGGUGGCCAUGAUCAAGCGAGCUAUGGCCUCCCCACAGAUAUUCGUAUUUGGUGAAAUCCUAACACUACCCAACAUAAUUGAGCUCAAAAAUGGAAAUCACGCUCCGCUGUAUGAAUUAUUAAACAUCUUUGCAUAUGGAAGACUUUCAGAUUACGACCCGAAAAUACACCCUGAAUUAGAUGCUGCCUCGGUUCGCAAAUUGCAAUGUUUGACGCUAGUGUCGCUUGCCAAUGAGAAUAAAUCGAUCAGUUAUGAUUUGCUGUUCAAAGAAUUGAAGUUUGAAUCUGUGAGAGAUUUGGAGGAUUUGAUAAUAGAUUCGAUAUACUACGGGUUAAUCAAGGCCAAAAUGGAUCAGAAGAGUCGAGUGUUGAGGGUCCAAUCGGCUGUGUCCAGAGAUAUUAAAGGGGAGGAGGAUUUGAGCAGGAUGGUGGAAGUUCUGAUCAAAUGGAGUGACAACUGCGAGUCAGUGUUAGCUGCUGUUGAGGCUCAGGUCGAGACAACUAAAACGAAUCUAGAAGAAGAAUACCAGCACCGAGUGAAGAUCGAAAGUGAAGUUGUGAGCACGAAGCAGGCUCUUCUUCAGGACGAGCAGAACAAAGUAGGAAGAGCAAACGAGUCACAUUCACACCAUCCUUUAGACUCGCAACCUUCGAAACUGAAGGGAGAAUCGAGUGACAGGAAAAAGGGAUCCAAACCGAAAAGUGGAUUUAAAACACCAUCUAUGAAGAGUCCGAAGUUUGCAUAGGAAUUGAUCGUUAGUUAUGUUAGUAUUGGCAUCGCAAUGCACGGAGAGUUGUUAGCCGAGUGGAUUAAAUAAUUGAUGUGAUUGAAACUUUUUUUCAGUCGAUCUGGGCAGGUAGAUAUUAAGGGACUAUUCAUUUUUGAAGCAGUUUUGAUCUUUGUUUGAAUCAAAUAUAGAUUUAUUUCUUUA